GAUCGGCAAGGGCGAGAGGAAUGUCGUGGAUUUCGCGCUCCUUGACAGGGGUUCUCAAGGACAAGGACAAGGAAGAGAAGGAUGAGGGUGGAGCAGAAUUUUGGGACGAUCCGGAGCUUUUUGAGCCGGGGCAGAGCGUGGGGGAGGAUCUGGCUGAAUUGCGGAAGUCUCUCACGCAAUCGCUGUGGGGGGUAGGUUCUUUUCUUGCGCCGCCGCCAAAGUCACGCAGAGAAAAUUCUCCCAAGGUAGAAGAGGAAACUUCUCAAGAUGAUUAUCAGGCAAAGCAAGGAGUGGAGAAUGCCGGUGAGAAAGAGAAGCUGAGUGGAAUGCAAAGCGACUUUGCGGAACUCAAGGGAGGAUUCGCGAAAGGUUUCCGGGGGGAUGAGUCCCGGAGCAGUGACAAGCCGGAGGGAGCUUCCCAGGACGCGGGGCUGCUCAAGCCUUUGAUUGACAACGUUCUCUCCAGCGACAAACCGGCCGGCCAGGUUACUCCUGUUGAUGACGAAGAAGAUACCAGUCGUGGUGGUGGCGUGAAGUCGUCUUCCAAGAUGGGGAUUUCGGCGGCGACUCUCGUGGAUGGAGUGUCCAAGCUUGCGUCGAGCUUGUUCUUGUUUGAUGACGAGCCAGACGAGGUCCCGGGGCUCACUGACGAGGUUGUCGCGUUUGCGAGGAACGUCUCUUUUCAUCCCGAGACGUGGCUCGACUUUGCUCUUGCCUCGGACGAUGAUCUUCAAAACGGAUUUGAGAUGAACCACGCUUAUGCAGCGGAGCGUGCUGCGUUGAGGCUCGCCGCCUUGAUUUGUCCCCGGCAUAUGAACGAGGGACGUUUUUGGCUGGGAAUGGGAAUUGUUGCAGCUCCAGGAAUUAGAAAGAGAGAAACGUGCUUUAGAGAAACGACUUCUGUAAGCGGUCGUGGUGGCAAGGGCGCUAGAUCGGAAGUCAUUGAUAUCAGUGAUGAGGAGAGUAAUGGGGAGACGUCUAUACUAGGUGAGAAGCGCAAUCUGCCAUUGAGCUUCACACCUCGAGGCCGUCGGGAGACAGUCGCAGUGAAGGAAGAACCGGGAUGGCGUGGUACGGGUGUAAAGAAGGAAGAGCCUCCCGCGAGCUAUGCUCAAACAGCUGCCUGGAAUGGAGCAACUUCGUCUUACGGCUGGAGAGUUGCUCCAAAGAUUGGAAGAAGUUUUGCUGAUGGGCAGAAGGUUUGAUCAGCCGGCUUCGUCGGGUUCAUCUGUCCAUGCAGGCCCAAAGAAGAAGGAAGAACCAGUUCAGAACACGAGCACAAACACAACUCCAAAUCUGCUCAACCGGUGCCCGUGGUUCGCCGGAAUGGUCAAGCCAGCAUAGCAACUUCGUCUUACCGCUGGACAGCUCCUCCAAACAAGGAAGAAGUUUUGCCAACUGGUAGAAGGUUUGAUCAGCCGUCGUCAUCGGGUUCGUAUGUCCAUGCAGGCCCAAAGAAGGAGCCUUUGAGUCAAGCAACUCCAAAGAAGGAAGAAUCAGUUCACAACACGAGCACAAACACAAGCUGCUCAACCGGUGCACGUAGACAAAUGUCUUCGCCGGAUCUUGGAGAGAAUGAUCACUCCUGAAACAAACGAAGAGGCCACUCCAGAUGAGGGAAUGAGAGAAUAGCUUUAGCUUGGAUGGUGAAGAGCGAGGAGCGUGGAAAUUGUUCUGGUGGCUUUCUAGCAGAUGACCAGGUGAGCCUUUUGUAUGUCAUAUUGGUUGAACGAUCUCCUUGACGUCAAUCCGGGAACACAAGCCAUUAAACCUGAGAUUAAACCUGAGAUCCUGAGCUUAUGCAGAAGCCGGAGCCAAAUAGAAGGGGUGGCACUCUUGUCGUACGCCCGACAAGCGUUUUGAGACAGUGGUAUCAUGAGAUCGAGGAAAAAGUUACAGCGGCGGCAAGGUAACAGGAAGAGGUGUCCCUACGAGUUAGCCAAAUAUGACGUUGUGUUAACCACGUACUCAAUUGUAACAAAUGAGGUGCAUUCUCCUUGCC